UCUCAUUUGUGUACCGUAAAUUUGACGAGGCAUUCGCUAACAGGGCAUAUUCACCAGGGAGGACUUCUUCACCCAGCAAUGGAUGUCGGCGACCAAGUCCUGCUCAGAACGUAUGGAACCUCAGGAUCGCAGAACAAUCAGGAGUUUCCGCACAUAUGAGGAUGUGCAAGAGCAUGUUUUCGCCGAACAAGAUGAACUGGCGAGGCUGCCCUGCAUGAGCUGGCAAUGCUGCAACCGCGACUUGUCGACUUGAAAAAGCUCAGCGACUUCUUCACACAGCUUCGUCCGACUCUUGACACGGGUAUGUUCUGGGGAUUGCUUGGCCUAUUACUUACUUUGGCCUUACAACACGAUGAGACAAUGCGAAGAGUUGUCCAGAUGCUUCAGAAGAUAAGCAGGAAUUGCCAUGAUUUCAUACUUCACUGCCGACAAAGUCCUGUCGUCACUAAGGAAGACAAAGAGUCUUGCUUUGAUAUAUUUUUAAGAAUCACCACGUUCCUCGCGGAUGUUGUGCAAUGCCUGCGCCAAGCAGACGACGAUGUCUCAGAAUUGACAUAUGCUAGCAGUUAG